UUUCCCCACCUUUUGUUACCCCAUGAUAUUUCUUUAGUUGGUCCCCUCUGCCCUCCAAGUCCAGGUUUCACCAUACCCAGAGCCAUCAACCAUUAGACUCCCUCCUCACCACCAGCAGCUCCAAAGAAUACUGAGAUCCUUCCCUAAGAUCUGUCCCUGAGAUUGUUCUAUGCCUCCCUCCUCCUCAGUCUGGCAGGGCCCAUGAACUUUCAAAACACUCACCUAGUUAUUCCUUGUUACCACUCCCUUUGCCUCAAUCCUUCUAACUCCUCCCAUCCAGGCUCUUUCAGCAUUUCUAUCCCUUAGCCCCCACCUUACAGUCCUCCUGGAGCAUCCUCUGAGUAGAGGACAAGGGGAAGUACUUAUCUGGCUACCAGUUACACCUUUUUUCCAGGGGGGAAACAUCUUUCUGCUUCAUAACCUUAAGUUACUGGAGGUUGAGUUGGCCUGGGCAAACUCUGGUGUUGCAGCAUCAGGAUGCUGGUCAGCCUGUAUGACUGGUUUUGGAAGGACCACCAUUGGUUCCCUUCCCAAUACUCAUGGGCUGAUUUUGAAGAUAAAAAUGAGGAAAUAUACCCUCACCCCAAGGACUUGUUAGCAGUUAUUCCAUUAGCAUUUGUCAUAAUAAUUGUCAGAUAUAGCUUUGAAAGGGUUGUUGGAUUGCCCCUGGGCAGGUUGAUGGGUGUGUAUGAUGGCCACAGGAUCAAGGCUUUCCACAACUCCACCCUGGAGUCCUUUUUCCGUACCCAGGAUCGGAAUCCAAAAGAGGCUCAGCUGAAUCACCUAGCCACACAAUGCAACCUCUCUAUGAGGCAGGUUCAGCACUGGUUUCGAUGCCGGAGAAACCAAGAGCGACCAUUAAGGAGCAAGAAAUUCUCUGAAGCCUGUUGGAAAUGUAUGGUUUAUACUUUUUCUUUCGUUGGUGGCUUCUUCAUCCUCUAUGAUGAACCAUGGUUAUGGGACUCUGAUUUGUGCUGGCAUGGAUUCCCUAAGCAGAUUAUGAAGCCAUCCAUAUAUUGGUGGUAUCUCCUGGAUUUUGGCCACUACAUCUCCCUGCUGUUAACCUUACCCUUUGAUGUAAAAAGAAAGGACUUCACAGAGCAGGUCAUCCACCACUUUUCUGCUGCCAUCUUGAUCUACUUCUCUUAUUGUGCCAACUACAUACGCAUUGGGACCCUGGUGAUAUUUAUACAUGAUGUGGCUGAUAUCUUCUUGGAGGCAGGCAAGGUUCUUCAUUAUGCACAGUGGAAGCAGUCAUGUGAUAUGAUCUUCAUCAUCUUUUCUAUGACAUUCUUCAUUACACGACUCAUUGUCUUCCCUUACAAAGUCCUCUACUCUACUUACUAUAGUUCCAUGGUCAACCAUGAGCCCUUCUUUGGAUACUACUUCACCAAUGGCCUUCUGAUGAUUCUUCAGGCUCUCCAUGUUUUCUGGUCUUACCUCAUUCUUUGCAUGUUGUUCAGAUAUGUUAAUUGUGGCACGAUGGAGAAAGAUGUAAGAAGUGAUGUAGAAGAACAGGACACCAGUGAUGAUGAUCAGCUCAAUACAAAAGAACAGAAGAGCAAGAGGCUCCAGUCCAGUGAUGUCCCAGACACUUACAACCUUCCUCGGUCCCGGGGUGCCAGGAGGACUGGCCCUAACUAAAAGGCAUUGGCCAGCAACAUAUUUUGGUCUAACACAGAUCUGUCAGAUAGUCUAAAAUCAAGAAUAAAUUAUGUAUGAUUGGUCUUCUGACUCUUGGAAUCAAGUCAUAUGAUAAACCUUCCAGAUUCUGAUUCAGUGUAUACUUCAUAGAACAAAACCCAAGCUGGCCCAGAGCCCUUUACUUCUCCUUCUCCCUGUCUGUUCACCCCACCUCUAUUGGAGCUGAGGAAAGGUGGGGGGCGGGCAAAGCUGAGAUUUCUGCAUAGGAUAUUAGGAUAGUUUAAUGAUUUCCAUUAAAUAGUCUUUUCCCUGAGUUAAUGUCCCCAAACUUAUUAUUAAGGCCCACCCUAGCCCUCAGAACAGAGGUCAAUAAUGAAUUUAAUUCUCUGGAGGAUGUAUUUUUAAUUUUAAAAUAUUAAUUUGUUAAUGAAUACUAAAUAUUUCUAACUAGUCUGCCGACUCUCUCCACAGUCUGAAUAGAUGUCCAAAACUUCAGAGUGGCCCCCCAAAAGAGAUGUGAACUUGAGUAAAAAGGCAGCUAAGCUAGGUCAGAGAGAAAGAGAGUACAGGCUUAAGUGUGAACAAAUAAGGAGAUAGAAAGGCAGCAUGGCCAGAAGAUAGAAGCAAAAGAGCAAGCAACUGAGUGGCUAGGCCAGGUAAGUAAAAAAUAAGAAAUAAAAGAGGCAUAAGUGUGAGCAGCUAGACAUCCAAGCAGGAGAACUGGGUCAGAGAGGAGCAAAAAGAACCUGACUUGCUCUCCCGCAUACCUUAUAUACGGAUACCCUUUGUGACAACAUCAUCCAGUCUCUUCCCAGGACAUUCUACAAAGUUUCUGAUUGAAAAACAGGCACAGCAGGGAGUGGAAUCAGAGAUCAGAAUCCCUUCAUCACAGGAAGGGGAGGAAGAUGCCAAGAGACUCUCCAUGUGGCUGCCAGGAUGACUACACAGUGCAACCUUCCCACAGACAAGGAGCAAGUCUCCACCAGACUAUUUUGUCAUUUUUAAAUGAAAACCUUCAUACUGACCCCAAGAAGAUGGACAAAGGGGGAAAAGAAUUUUUAAUAGCAUAUCAAUUCAGCAUGGCAAACAAAUAAUUGGGAGUGGUCAU